AUGAAGCGCAAGCUCAACCAGAAUGACGUGCCAACCUCGGCCAAACCCGACGCAGACCAGCAGAUGGCCGACGCUGAAGCAGCAACCACCACCACAGAGCCGACAGCGACGACGACGACAACAACGACAACAACGGCGCCGACGACGGGAGCGGCCUCUGAUGAGGACAAGACAUUUGCGGACCUUGGGCUCGAUGCCAGGCUGGUGCAGGCCGUGGCACAGCAAAAGUUCUUGAAGCCGACGCUCGUGCAGCGCAGGGCGAUUCCGCUGGCGCUCGACGGCAAGGACGUGCUGUGCAAGGCGAAGACGGGGUCGGGCAAGACGGCGGCAUAUGUGCUGCCUGUGCUGGCCGGGAUUCUGAAGAAGAAGAGUGUUGAUCCUACUCCUGCCACGACGGCUCUGAUAUUGGUUCCGACGCGAGAGCUUGCCGACCAGGUCUUCAAGUCGAUCGAGCUCUUCUCCGCCUUUUGCGCAAAGGAUGUCCGCGCCGUGAAGCUGACGGACAAGCUCACCGACGCGGUGCAGCGCUCUCUGCUGUCGACGUGCCCGGACAUUGUCAUCUCGACGCCCGCCCGCGCGUGGCACAAUGUCAAUGGCAACUCGGGUGCGCUGUCACUGGAUAAGCUGGCGUACCUGGUCCUGGACGAGGCGGAUCUGCUUCUGUCGUACGGAUAUAGCGAGGAUCUCGAGAGCUUGUCGUUUUCUUUGCCCAAGGGCAUUCAGACCAUCAUGAUGAGUGCUACGUUGACCACUGAGGUGGAUUCCUUGAAGAAGAUUUUCUACCGCGACCAGCAGCCCACGCUGUUGGAUCUGGAGGAGCCGGAUGCCGAGGGCGAGGGUGUGACGCAGCUGGUGACCAAGUGUGGUGAAGACGAAAAGUUCCUGCUCAUCUACGUCAUCUUCAAGCUGCAGCUUGUCAAGGGCAAGUGCAUCAUCUUCGUCGCCGACAUUGACCGCUGCUACCGCCUGAAGCUCUACUUUGAGCAGUUUGGCAUCCGAAGCUGCAUCUUGAACUCGGAGCUGCCCGUCAACUCGCGAAUCCACGUGGUCGAGGAGUUCAACCGCAACGCCUACGACAUCAUCAUUGCCUCUGACGAGAAGGAGGUUCUCGGUAACGAGGAGAAGGCCGAGGAGGAGCAGGAGGAUGAGGCAAUGGACGACGGCGAAGUAAAGGAGGGCGGUCGACCGAAGAAGAAGCGGAAGGCUGCCAAGGGUGACGUGGAGUAUGGUGUCUCUCGAGGCAUUGACUUCAAAAACGUUGCGGCCGUCAUCAACUUUGACCUUCCCACAUCUGCGUCUUCCUACACACACAGGAUAGGUCGCACGGCGCGAGCCGGACGAGCGGGCAUGGCGCUGUCGUUUGUCGUCCCCAAAGAUCUCUACCGCAAGCACAUCCACACGUCCACUCCCAGCGCGGAGAACGACGAGAAGAUCCUGGCGAGAAUCACAAAGCAACAGGCCAAGAAGGGCAAGGAGCUCAAGCCGUACAACUUCAACAAGGAGCAGGUGGAGGCUUUCAGAUACCGCAUGAACGACGCGCUGCGUGCGGUGACCAAGGUGGCGAUUCGAGAGGCGCGGACAAGGGAGCUGCGUCAGGAGCUGCUGAAGAGCGAGAAGCUCAAGAGGUACUUUGAAGAGAACCCCUCGGAGAUGAAUCACCUCCGGCACGACGGCGAGCUGAGGACAGCCCGGCAGCAGGCGCAUCUGAAGCACGUGCCGGACUACCUGCUGCCCAAGGAAGGGCGGCAGGCCCUGACGGCGGGCGACGUUGGGUUCGUGCCGAUGAAGAGGUUUGACCGGCGGGCGGGGACGAAGCGGAAGGGGGGCAAGAAGAGCGGCAAGGCCGGGGUGCGCAAGGGAGAUCCGUUGAAGACGUUUAAGGCGAGGCGGAAGACGAAGUGA